AUGACCAAAAUUAUCGAGCGCAACUCGAAGAUUCCUUGCAAACAGUCUCAAACCUUCACCACAUAUUCGGACAACCAGCCAGCAGUUACUAUCCAAGUCUAUGAAGGUGAGCGUGCGAUGACCAAGGACAACAACCUGCGGGGCACGUUCGACUUAACCGGCAUCCCGCCAGCGCCGCGCGGCGUCCCCAAGAUCGACGUCACCUUCCACAUGGACGCUAACGGGAACCGACCGACCGAAAUCAACCGCAUGUUGUCCGAAGCCGAGCGCUACAAAGAAGAGGACGAGAAGCAGCGGCAGAGGGUCGCCGCCCGCAACCAGUUGGAGGCGUACGUGUUCAGCGUGAAGCGAGCGCUAGACGACGCAGGAGACAAGCUGAGCGAGUCUGAUAAAAGCACGGCGUGCCGGGAGUGGGACGAUGCGCUCAAGUGGCUGGACAACAACAACCUCGCAGACCAGGAGGAGUACGAGCACAGGCUGAAGGAGUUGCAGCGAGUAUGCUCGCCCAUCAUGAGCAAGAUGCACGGUGCGGGUGGUGGUAUGCCAGGAGGUAUGCCCGGAGGUAUGCCUGGCGGCCAGCGCGAUGGUCCCACAGUAGAGGAAGUGGAUUAA